AUGGUAAUAAAACGAUUGAGCUUUCCUGUGCAUAUUUCAUUCAGCUCAAUUGUGGUCUUCGGAAGAAACUACAGUCAGUUAGGCAGAAAGAGGAAUCCAUAUUUAGACCAAAAGGUGACUAGUUUGAACGUUGCAAUCUCGAAGAGCACAAUGGUAAAUACAGCAGUUGCGACUCCGGCGAAACAAAUAUUCAAACCCUUGGUAUGGAUAGAUUGCGAAAUGACAGGCUUGGACCACACAAAGGACCGAAUAAUCGAAAUAUGCUGCAUUGUGACUGACGGCCAUUUGAACAUCGUUGACGAUAACUGCUAUGAGAGUGUAUUACAUUGCGAUGCAGACGUGAUGGCCCAGAUGAAUGAAUGGUGCGUAGAGCACCAUGGUAAGAGUGGCUUGACGAGAAAAGUGAUAGAGUGCGAAAAGACAAGAGAACAGGUCGAAAAAGAGCUGUUGGAGUUCAUACAAAAACUGGUGCCUCAACCAAGAGUUGGUGUGCUUGCUGGCAAUUCUGUGCAUAUGGACAGACUCUUUAUGCUGAAGGAUUUCCCCCACGUCAUUGACCAUCUGUUCUACAGGAUAGUCGAUGUGAGCAGUCUAAUGGAGGUCUCGUUCAGACACAACCCGACUUUGGCCAGUUUUGCACCCAGAAAGGACAAGAAUCACACGGCUAAAAGCGAUAUUCUUGAAAGCAUAGAGCAGCUGAGGUGGUAUAGGGACAACUACCUGAAAGACGAGCAAGAGACAAAAUAUUUCGUCAAGCAACAACAGCAGGAAAGAGAACUAGAUAAGCUGAAGCAGCAGCUGCAAACGUUGCAAGCGCAGAUCCAGACCCAAGACCUGCCCUCAACCACCGAAAAGCGACCAAAGGAGAUCGAGCAUGGGCCAGUCUUGAAGUCGCGAAAACUAUAG